AUGGCCCUCGACCCCACUGAGGCUCCGCCCCCUGCCUCCCGGCUGGAGUCUCUGUCCACGAUGACAUCCCCCGUGAUGUCACCCGGCGUCCUGACAACCGCCGUGACAUCAUCCUCUGCUCCCCGCGCCACGCCCCCCUCUGAGGAGGAGACGACUACCACUCUCAUCACCACCACGACAAUUACCACGGUGCACGCGCCAGUCCAGUGUAAUGCAAGUCUGUCUGGCCUUGAGGGUGUGGUAGAGUCCCCGGACCCCUUGGCUGCUCCCCUCUCCCCUCUGGAAUGCACAUACAGCAUCGCCGUCUACCCCGGAUACGGUGUGGAGAUACAGGUUCAAAAGGUGAAUCUGUCGAGGGAGGAGUCGCUGAGGAUUGUGGGUCUGGGGGAGGGGCAGGCUGAGCUCUUAGCCAAUGAGACAAUGAUGACAGAGGGUCAGGUGAUACGCAGCUCUACCAAUCAGGUGCAGAUCCACUACCGCAGCCUCCGCCAGACCAAUCACGGAGUCUUCAGCCUGCACUACCAGGCGUUCCUCCUCUCCUGUGUGUUUCCCCGUCCUGUUGAGGGGGGCGGCGUGACGGUGACUGAUCUUCAUCCGGGAGGUCAGGCGCACUUCCACUGCGACCCUGGCUACCAGGUCAGAGGUCAUGAGGUGGCCACCUGCCUCAACGGCACCCGCCCUCGCUGGAGCCAACCACAGCCCACCUGUGCAGCUGUGUCGUGUGGCGGCUGGAUCCGAAACUCCACUGUGGGCCGCAUCCUGUCCCCAACGCUCCCGCCCAGCGGUAACCAUAGCAACGCCGGCUCCAACCUGAGCUGCCAUUGGCUGUUGGAGGCCAAAGAAGGACACAGGCUCCACCUCCACUUCGAGAGGCUCGCACUCGACGAGGACAACGACAAGUUGGUGGUGCGCAGCGGGAACUCCAGCGUAUCCCCCCUCCUCUUCGAUUCGGAUCUUGAUGACGUUCCGGAACGUGGCCUUUUAAGCGAGGGGGCGUGGCUAUAUCUGGAACUCACUUCUGACUCCGCAUCCAUACCGCUCCUCUUCGCACUCAGAUAUGAAGCGUUUGAUGGUGAGCACUGCUAUGAGCCUUACAUCCCGCACGGUAACUUCAGCACCAGUGACCUGAACUUUCCUCUGGGGGCGCUGGUCACGUUCUCCUGCUCGCCCGGCUUCGUCAUGGAAACAGGGUCAGGGGUCAUCGAGUGCAUCGACGCCGGAGAGCCACACUGGAACGACAGCGAGCCUGUCUGCAAAGCUCUGUGCGGCGGGGAACUAGCCACACCCUCUGGCACCAUCCUGUCUCCUGAUUGGCCGGCCAGCUAUGCGAAGGGGCAGGACUGCGUCUGGCAGAUACACGGCAGCGAAGACAAACGCAUCGAACUGGAUGUACAGAUUCUGAACAUCCGCCAUAGCGAUGUCCUGACGGUGUUUGACGGCCACGACCUCACCUCGCACGUGAUUGGUCAGUUCCUGGGGCCGCGCGAGCGCUUCCAGGUCGUGUCUGGUGGGUCAGAGGUCACCAUAGAGUUCCAGAGUGACCCGGACGACUCCUCAUUCAUACUGAGCCAGGGGUUCCUCAUUCACUAUAGAGAGGUGGAACCUAAUGACACGUGCCCGGCACUGCAGCCAAUAGCGUUUGGCUGGAGUAGCUCCUCCCACCCGUCUCUGGUGCGCGGCAGCGUGUUGACCUUCCAGUGCCAGCCAGGAUAUGACAUCAUUGGCUCUGACAUCAUCACCUGCCAAUGGGAUCUCUCCUGGAGCAACGGCCCGCCCACCUGCGUCAAGACCCAGCAGUGUGCAGAUCCGGGCGACGUGGUGAACGGAGCACGCUCAGUGCAUCCUGAGCUGGGAUUGGCUGUUGGCACGGUGGUGCGCUUCACCUGUAACCAAGGUUACCAGCUGGAGGGGCCCAGUCAGAUUGCUUGCCAUGCGAGAGACACUGGCACGCCCAAAUGGAGCGAUCGCACGCCCAAAUGUGUCUUGAAGUAUGACCCGUGCCCUAACCCCGGCGUUCCCGAUAACGGCUACCAGACGCUGUAUAAGCACAGCUACCAGGCGGGGGAGAUGCUGAGGUUCUUCUGCUAUGAGGGGUACGAGCUGGUGGGCGACGUGCUGAUCAACUGCAUACCGGGACACCCGUCUCAGUGGAGCAGCAACCCACCAUUCUGUAAAGUUGCCUACGAUGAUCUGCUGGAUGAACACAAACUGGAAGUGUCCCAGUCGUAUGAGCCCUCCCAUCAGCUCCUGAGUGAGAACAUCGCAUUGGCCAUCAUCCUGCCAAUCAUCCUCGUCAUCCUUCUCAUUGGAGGAAUCUACAUGUACUACACCAAGAUGCAGUGGAAGCCGAUGUUCUGGAAGUCUCUGUCACACACACACUCCUACAGCCCCAUCACCGUGGAGUCAGAUUUCAACAACCCACUAUACGAGGCCGGGGACACGAGGGAGUAUGAGGUCUCCAUCUGAAGAUGCCCAGGAGACACACACACACACACACACACACACACACACAC